UUCCUAACGUAAAUAUUUAUGACAAAAUAGUGUUUAGGUCUAGUCUUCUUUAGCCUUUCGCACCUUCUGUCGUUGAGACACUCUAAAAUGACCCAUAUUUAUGUUUUCAAACUAUGUCACUUUAUGUUUAAAGGGCCGAGAAAAUCCUUUAUCCCUAAAUACGCGCUUUUCCCGCCACAUUAAAAUAAAUUCUUUAUACGCAAUGUACGUAAUGUACUGGAAAUAAAUACUAUUUUGGCAAAAUUCAGUUCAAGUAUUGGCAAAAUUCAGCUGACCUGGGGAGGCGUGGUGUGCGUGUUACCAACAAUGACAUAUUUAUAAUAAGUAGUUUUAUGAAAUGAAUAAAACUGCCUCCGAAAAAAUGUUGAUGUGAUUGGAAGACAUUUACGUUCAAUUUCUGGGAAUGAAGAUGUAAUCAAAACUGAGUCAGCUGACUGCAGCUGAUUUACAUCUGGAUCACUUUCGCCGUCAGGCAGGUCAGAUAGGUGAAAAUUGCAACCAGCGAGCACAUAAUUUUCGGUAAAAUUUUAUUUGCUGCUAUUAGAGAAAAUGGCUAUUCAUUCUGCAAUUAAAGGAAAGCUCAUUUCUGUAAUUGGCGAUGAAGAUACUUGUGUUGGAUUUCUCUUAGGUGGAGUUGGAGAAAUCAACAAAAAUAGACAACCUAAUUUUUUGGUUGUGGAUAAACAUACCAGUGUUGGGGAAAUAGAAGAAUGUUUCAAGCGAUUUGUGAAGAGAGAUGAUAUCGACAUAAUACUUAUAAAUCAAAAUAUUGCGGAGAUGGUACGGCAUUGUAUUGAGAGCCAUACUCAGCCAAUACCUGCUGUUCUUGAGAUACCAUCCAAAGAUCAUCCGUAUGAUGCCAGUAAAGAUUCAAUAUUACGGCGUGCAAAGGGCAUGUUUAAUCCUGAAGAUAUGAAGUAAAAUGCAUUCCAAGCUGAACAUGUAAAACAGGUAAUGGGUAAAUGAGAAAAACUUACAAUGUAAAUUGAUGUGUAAAAUAGUAUUAGGACGUUAGAAAAGUUGUAAAGGUUAAAUUAAUGGUUUAAACAUUCCUUCUGUAAAUAUUUUUAAUUUACUAUCUUGAGGAACAAAUAAUACUCCUAUGUAAUAUCAUACUUCUUUCAUUUCGUAGAUUUGGUAUGAGAAGAAAAUUCUGUUUUGUAAAAAAUAUUUUCUUGUUGUCACUGUACUUUUAAAAAUGUUUUAUUGUAGACACUAAAUAAAACUUGUAUAAAACCAUUCCUCCCUC